UCCCAUAUCAGCCUAUAUUUUGUUUUGGUGAUCAAGUACUGUAAUCAAAGUAUCAGCUAAGAUUUUAUUUCAACAAAGAUAUUUGUAAACCAAAUACUGAACCUUUUUGUUCGCUUUGUAGUCUAUCAUCUUCUUUUUGCAAACUCCUUUUUCUUCUUCUUCUUCGUUUUUCCUUAUUCGGGGUGUUUUUAUUCAUGACUACCGUUCUCCGAUCGAACUUGCUUGGCAUUGAAUGUAUAAUCCAUGUACCUGCCACCCUUAGCAAAACCAAAAAGAAAUGGCACACCAUUUUCACUACCAUUUAUUGUUCUAGAACCUUUUCAUCCCUUGUCAUGAAGCCUCCAGCAGCCAAAACAAAAACCAAGGAUAUUCAUCGCUCCUCAACUCAUGUUUCACUCACUGUUACACAAGAAAACUGUCUUUUCCAAGUUGAUCAAACGACUCUCAUUGAGGUAGUCAAAGAGAAAAGAAUCGAUACGUUGCAGAAACUUGAUGGGGUUAAUGGUGUGGCUUCUGCUCUCGGAACCAACACCGAGGUCGGUAUUUCUGGCAGCACCGAGGACAUCGCUCGCCGACAUGAAGCGUUCGGUUCCAACACGUAUAAGAAACCGCCAACAAAGAGCUUUUCCCAUUUUGUCAUUGAAGCUUUUAAAGACCUUACUAUAAUGAUUCUUGUAGGAUGUGCAGCACUUUCACUUGGCUUCGGAAUCGAAGAACAUGGACUCAAAGAAGGUUGGUAUGACGGUGGAAGCAUUUUCGUAGCUGUCUUUCUUGUCAUUGCAGUUUCUGCUAUAAGUAACUAUAGGCAGAACAGACAGUUUGACAAGUUAUCAAAAGUCAGCAACAAUAUUCAGAUUGAUGUUGUACGCGGAGGUCGGCGCCAACAAAUCUCAAUAUUUGAUAUAGUUGUUGGAGACAUUGUUUGCCUAAAGAUUGGAGAUCAAGUUCCUGCUGAUGGAUUGUUCUUAGAAGGACAUUCCUUGCAAGUUGAUGAAUCGAGCAUGACCGGGGAAAGUGACCAUGUCGAGGUAAAUCGCAGCCAAAAUCCGUUCUUGUUUUCAGGGACCAAGGUGGCUGAUGGGUACGCUUGGAUGCUUGUCACUUCGGUUGGAAUGAAUACUAUGUGGGGCCAAAUGAUGAGCCAAAUCAGCUGUGGCACUAACGAACAGACGCCCUUACAAGCUCGUUUAAACAGGCUGACCUCAUCAAUUGGUAAGGUUGGCUUAGCAGUUGCGUUCCUGGUUCUUGUCGUUUUGUUGGUUCGUUACUUCACAGGCAAUACAACAGAUGAGAACGGAAACCGGGAGUUCAAUGGAAGCAAGACAAAGGCUGAUGAUAUAAUAAAUGCUGUUGUCGGAAUCGUAGCUGCCGCUGUUACCAUCGUCGUAGUUGCAAUUCCAGAAGGGCUGCCACUAGCGGUCACACUGACCCUUGCUUAUUCGAUGAAGAGAAUGAUGGCAGAUCAAGCAAUGGUAAGAAAGCUCUCCGCCUGUGAGACAAUGGGCUCUGCCACCACAAUUUGCACUGACAAAACAGGCACUCUCACGCUCAACCAAAUGAAGGUGACCAAAUUUUGGCUUGGCCAAAAAUCUAUGGAAGAGGGUGCUUCUUCAAUUUCUCCAUUUGUUAUUGACUUGAUCCAUCAGGGAGUUGCUUUAAACACUACUGGAAGUGUUUACAGAGCUUCCUCAGGAUCAGAAUUCGAGUUCUCAGGUAGUCCUACAGAAAAGGCAAUCCUUUCUUGGGCUGUCUUGGAACUGAAGACGGAUAUGGAGAAAAUGAAGCAGAGUUGUGCGAUACUCCAAGUUGAAGCCUUCAAUUCUCAGAAAAAAAGGAGUGGGGUUUUGAUUGAGAAGAAUGGGGAUGAUACUGUCCAUGUUCACUGGAAAGGAGCCGCAGAGAUGAUUCUAGCAAUGUGCUCAAGCUACUACGAUGCUUCCGGAAUCGUGAAAGAUCUCAAUAAUAGCGAAAGGAUGAAAUUUGAGCAAAUUAUUCAAGGAAUGGCAGCGAGCACCCUCAGGUGCAUUGCUUUUGCCCAUAAACAAGUUCCAGAAGAAGAGUAUGGAAAUCUAAAAGAGCAGAAAAAGGUUAAAGAAGACAGCUUGACCCUGUUAGGACUGGUGGGCAUAAAGGAUCCAUGCAGACCUGGAGUGAAGAAAGCUGUGGAAGAUUGCCAAUAUGCUGGAGUAAACAUCAAAAUGAUUACUGGCGACAAUGUUUUCACUGCAAGAGCUAUAGCUACUGAAUGUGGGUUCUCAAGGCCUGGUGACGACAUGUCCAGUGGCGUGGUGGUAGAAGGCGAGGAAUUAGAAAUUAUACACCACGAGAGAGGAUGGAGAAAGUUGACCAAAAUCCGAGUGAUGGCAAGAUCCUCUCCUUUUGAUAAGCUUCUCAUGGUACAGUGCUUGAAACAGAAAGGGCAUGUAGUUGCAGUCACUGGUGACGGCACAAAUGAUGCACCGGCACUCAAGGAAGCAGAUAUAGGACUGUCCAUGGGAAUUCAGGGAACUGAAGUGGCAAAAGAGAGCUCAGACAUUGUCAUCUUGGAUGAUAAUUUCGCUUCUGUUGCCACAGUCUUGAGGUGGGGAAGAUGCGUCUAUACCAACAUCCAGAAAUUCAUUCAAUUCCAGCUCACGGUAAAUGUUGCUGCACUUUGUAUCAACUUUGUAGCAGCAGUUUCAGCAGGUGAAGUCCCUCUAACAGCGGUCCAGUUGCUGUGGGUGAACUUGAUUAUGGACACAUUGGGUGCCUUGGCUCUUGCUACAGAGCGGCCUACAAAGGAGUUGAUGGAGAAACCACCCGUUGGUCGAACAAAGCCACUCAUCACAAAUAUCAUGUGGAGGAACCUACUUGCACAAGCUUUAUACCAGAUAUCAGUGCUUCUUACCUUACAAUUCAGAGGUGAAUCAAUCUUUGGCGUAACAGAGAAGGUAAAUGAUACCUUGAUCUUCAAUAUUUUUGUCCUUUGCCAAGUGUUCAACGAAUUUAACGCAAGGAAGCUGGAAAAGAAGAACGUGUUUGAGGGCAUACACAAGAAUAAGUUGUUUAUGGGGAUCAUCGGGAUAACAAUUCUUCUUCAAGUGGUGAUGGUAGAAUUUCUGAAGAAGUUUGCAGAUACGGAGAGGUUGAAUGGGGCCAGUUGGGGUGCCUGCAUUGGAAUCGCCGUGUCUUGGCCAAUUGGUUGGGUUGUUAAGUACAUUCCAGUUCCAGAGAAACCCUUUUUUAGCUAUCUCAGAUGGAGGCAGUAG